AACACAUUUAUAACAUCUAAAACAUCUUUGAACUAUUUUAUUGAGAAAUGCAGGUGCAUAAUUAACGACAUUGAGAAGAUGAUUUCCAGAACAAGCAUAGAUGAGGCAAAUCGCCACCUUUUGGCACUUCACAAACGAGUGGCGGAACUUGAACACACCGUUAAAGACCAGCACGAAGCACUGGUGGCUAAGGAUGACUUCCUCAAAGCUAAGCUGAACGAGGUUGUGGCAGGCAAAGACCAGGAGCUGAAACGGUUGACUGAAAAACUUACAACUGCUGAAAAAACUGUCGACAUCAUUCAAGAGCAGCUACGUCAGAAGCACCAGCAAGUGGCGUCCUUGCAGAGAAGUUGUCGCCAAUUGCAAAAUGUAGUCUUGUUUAAGUCGAGUCUCAAGAACUUGGUGAAGACCAUCGAGACUGCCGAACACGACUUAUCUAGUCAGGCUGAUCUGUUGCACGUAUCGACUGUUUACACCCAGAGAGACAGGCAUCACGACAUGAGCAUAAACUCAAAAUCGGAUUCGGGAAUAGUUGGAAGCAUCAUGACUAACCACAUGGGCAGCAGCAUCAGUGACGAAAUGCUGGAUAGUGUUAAUUCCUCCCCGAGCAGUUUUUCGGGGAGAAAACCAAGACGAGAGAGACGGACAAGAGGCGGGAGUGAAAGGUCACCCAAAGGACAUGAACUGUAUCUUUGAAAGUAGUAAUUUGAUUAAUCUAGAUUUUAUUCAGCAUUUUUUGGUUUUUUAUCUAAUGAAGAGAUUGCCAUUCCCAGUGAGUAGAGGAAGAGAAAAAUAAGAGGUGGAGCUGAAAGAUCACCUAAGAGACAUGAACUCUAUCUUUGACAGAAAUUGCUGCCAGUAGGAAGAUUAAUCCAGGUUUUUUUUUAUGUAGUAAAACCUGUCUUAAACCGGACCCUGGACAAACCAGAAUCUUGUCAAAAUCGACCAAGUUUAUGGUCCCGAUUCUCAAUUCUAAAAAAGACCCUUAAAAAGUGGGAUCCACUUCAGACAGGUUUCACUGGAUAUAGGGAUCUAAUGAGGACAAGAAAACCAAGACUAGAGAAAAGGACAAGAGAUAGGAGUGAAAGAUCCCCCAAGGAACAUGAACUCUUAUCUUUGACAGUUGGUACUUACAGCUUAAUCCAGUUUUGAUUUUUUUAUCUAAUGAAGAGGUCACCAUUCCCAGUUAUUUGAAUCAAAAGUACACAAGUUUGUACAGACACCAAAAUCAGAAACCUUACUUACAUAAGUCAUUGUUCUUCCAUUAUUAGUAUUCAGACAUUUAUUUACAGAUAUGUACCUUUCUGCAAGAUAUAAAUUGUAAUGUAUGUCUCUCUAAGUAAAAAAUAUUUCAAGACAAUGCAUUCCUGUGGAUAUGACUAAAUGUAACCCCUGCAAUUAAGAAAAUGUGUAUGGCCCCCACCCCAAAAUUGAAUAUAGUUACAAUAGUCCACAGCAAAAAAGUGCUGCGAGAUUUAAAACUUCACGGCAUUGCCUAUUGCCCUGGGCAAUGAAAUGAUAGGAGUACAUUCAUAAUUAAUGUUAUGUUAAAUCUGCCAUAUGUUAUAUAUACACACAUACAUAAAAUAUAGGUGUCACAGACUGGGCUGGGAGGGUGGUGGCAAUUAUUCCCCCCCCCCCCAACUCUGAAAUUGAAUUGUUAAGAAUAUGUAGUUACCCCUCCAAUUAAUAGGCAAAUUAAAGUGUCCCUUCUCCCCUCACCUCCAGUUAUUUGCAUUGCCGAUGCCUAUUAUACGUGAACUUAACAUAAAGAUAAUUAUUGAGAUUGGAAGCCUUAUGUUUGGUUACCGGUACAUGAGCUUGGCAUGCUAGUACAGGAAUAUAGCUCUGGCACUAGCCAAAUUCGCCAGUUGUGAAUUUUGAAAGCAGUUGGCUACUUUUAUUUUAGUUUGGCAGAAUAAUUUCAUGUAAUAAUUGAAAUUUUAAAGAAAAUAACUGCCAAAAGUUUAAUAGACAAUUUAGCGAAUUGUUUUUCUCACCCUGAGCUAGCCCAUUAUCAGUUUUUUGUUUGAAACCCUUGCAGUUCUGAAAAUUACCUUGGCAAAAACAAAUGGUAAUGCAAAAGUAAUUUGUCAACUGUCUUUAAGAAGCCACUGUUUGAUAAAUUUACUCCCUUUCUUAACCCAGGGUUGGCUGUAUUACACUAUAUAUACCAUAUUCUGGAUUGCAUAAUGUUAACAUCUGACUUUCAGAAAUGUGUAUAACUGUUCUCUGUGAUAUAUUUAACAUUACCGUAAGUAUAUUACAUUCUUUACAUUUGUUCCUCUUAAUAUUUAUUUUAUUAUUAUUAUUCAUACACUUUGAUGUUUGAAGUCUUUGUUCCAGUUUUUAUGAGAGCUCAUUAAUAAUUUCUUUCACGUUUAUGUCUGUAAUUUAUAUUCUUUCCUGUGAUCCAUAACAAUGAAUUUAGUAUAUAAUGGUUUGUUUUUGUUAACCACUAAUUCAUGAUGUGGUCAUUGUUGCUGUCCUUUUUCUUUUCACUAAAUGUACAUUUGUUUUAGGCAGAGAAAGUAUUGUGUGUGACUGUGUGUGUGUGUGUGUAACUGUGUGUGUCUGUGUGUGUAUGUGUUAAUGUGUUUGCAUAUGUGUGUGUGUCUAUGUGUGUACCAAUGUGUCCAUUUGUGCAUGCAUGUUUCUGUGUGGUGGGGAGAUUAUUAGUCAUGCAGUAGACUGAUUAUACUUCAGUACAUAAAUGAUGUUAUGUUAGUACAACAUAUUCUAAAUAGGUACAAAUGGCUAAUUUCACAAACCACUGUUAAAGAAAAGAUCAAGACCUGUGUGACCUGUUUGAUUUUCAUUGAGCAAUGGAAAUUAAUAUCACUAUUAAUGUGAUGUAUGUAUUGAUCAGGAUACAUAUAAAAUGCCAAAAAUUACAUAUGAAUAUUUUAUAUUACUUACAAGACAUGUCUGUUGGUAUGUACUGUCUUUCGAACUGGAACUUUAAGGUGUAAUCAUAUUGUAGAAAAAAGAGUCAAUUUAUCAGCAUUUCAUGACUGCAUCUAGUCAUUUAGUUUGCAAGGGAUUCAUUUAACAUUUAUGAUAAUUUGUUAUCAUGGAAUGAUUGUUAUAUAAUAUUAUUUUGCCAAUUUCAUUACUGGUAUGUAAUUUUAAGUAGUCUUAGUAGGUGUCCAUGACUUUUAAGACGUGUCCUUUGUCUGGCCGUGUUUGAAUCUAGUCAUUAUUCUUGCACACAUAACAGAUGGUACAUACAUUUGUGGCUAUACCUUUUCUUAUGGAUUUGUGUAGUUGGACUAAAAGUAAAAAGUGAAAGGUCAUAGUUUUACAAAUAUCUUAAACAGAAUGCACUCACCUCACCUCAUGUUUUUUUUGUUUUUUUUACGUGUGGUUUUUUGGGGGGUGGAGAUGGGGUGUGUGUGUGUAUGUGUGUGCUUUUUGAUGUUAAGAUGGUUCACAAUGAUUUAGUCUGCUUUUGUAACCUGUUAACAAUUGAAACCAUCAUCGUAUUGUUUUGGCAUUCUUUUCAUGUUUAUGUUAGUGAUCAUAUGGUAAUUCUUUGCCACUUGAAGUUUUAUCAGCUGAAAACCAUUUUGAUAUUGUUUUGGUGUUCUUUUUUAUUUGUAUGUUACUGAUCACAUGGUAGUCCUAUUCCACUAAGUGACUUGGAGGUCUUUAUCUCGUUGCUGAAAAGCUCACAGGCAUUCCUCCCUUGUGUAAUUUUUGUUUGUGAAUCUUCUUGUAUGUAACACAGAUACAUAUUUUAAAAACUUAUCAUUAAACAUGAUUUGGUGUAUAUCUCUUGACCAUGUUGAGUUCAUUCACCUUUUAUUUUAUUUCAUGAAUAGUUAAGGAUGGUCAAUAAAUAUUGGUGUUUUUUUACAAGCCAUUUAAUGUUCAGAAGUAGAGACUGGGAGAAAGCCAUGUUCAGAUUGUUAUUUGGGUGAACACCAUUGGUAUUGUGGGUGCUCUAUAGCAUUGUUUUUAUUGCAGAAGUCUCUUAUUAUACCUUUUGUCUGAAAUGGAGCAUCUGCAUAAAUAGCUAUGAUGGUUUAUCGAUGCACAAAUUAUAUAGUUCUGUUACUUUACAUUAUAGUGUACAAUUGAUUAAUGAUUUUAUGUUUAGAUUGGAGAAGGGGAAAAGGGAUCAAACUCAAUCUGUAUAUAUUUCAGAUUAUGAAAAAUGUCAAUAUUUGUGGACCAUUAUUUGUUGAGAUGUGUUUUAUUAAUUUAUAACAUACUAGAGUUUAGUUGUUCUUAAUAUAUAAUAAUGUUGUUAUUUUUUAUUGUAUAAUUUAUUUCUUCAUUUUUUCAUAUAGUAUUAUAUAUGUCAAGUUUUACAACUAUUAUAACAUUAGGACAAACAAAAUAUAAUCUCUGGUCUCUGGUCAGCGUGCGUGUCGAUUUUGACCCUUGCGCAGUAACUUUAAAAAAAAAAAAUCUGCAGUAUGACGUCAAUUUUUGCCGGACUUUUCUUGCUACGACAUAAAACCGCAUUUGGAGCCAAAAUGGUCUAUAUGCUGGCUUGGACCAUUCGCUUUCUACAGUUUCUCUCUACAACAUGUCCUGUUCUGAAUGAGUAGCAUGGCUUGUUUAGAAAAUAUUUGCGGUAAAAUAAUAAAAAUUGCCUUAGCUAUAUGGAAAAAUGAUGUAAAGGAAAAUAUUUAAGGUACCAAGGCAAGGGACGGGUCACCAUGGCCAUUGAGGAUGGACCAAAGCAGAUGAAGAUGAUGUUAAAAAAACCCCUACUAAAUAUAUACAUCUGUUCUGUGUAAUCCAUUGAAAAAAAAGCCAGAAAAAAAAAGCCGCAUCAGUUCUGGAACUUUGGUCUGACCAGAGACUGACUUUUUGGGGUUUUUUUGGCGUUACUACUAAUUGUUGCUCACUAUCAUGUUUAUGCACUGUUAUUAAUCCCCUACCGGUCCAGCUGGAGGGGACUAUAGGUUUCAUCUCCAACAUUCUGUCAGUCUCUGUCUGUAACCAUAUAUAGUUUUCUGUCAUGACGAUUUACAAAUUUUUGACAGAGUUAUGGCCCUUGAACUUGGGAAAUACAAAAAAAAAAUAUUUUUCGCAAUGCCUUGAGAUACUGAGUUAAAAGUUUGUGUGUAGCUUUAUUAUGUACUGUAACAGAUCAUGCUUUGACAGAGUUAUGGUCCUUGAACUAUGGAGAUAUCAAAGCAAAUUCCACACGUUUCUUUUGCAGUGCCUCAAGAUAUGAAGCUGAAAUUUUGUGUAUAGCUUUAUCAUGUACUGUUACAAAAAAACAUUCGACAUUUCAUGGCAAUUUAACCAUUUUCACAGAGUUAUGGCCCUUUAAUUUAGGAGAUAUAAAAAUUUGUUGGGCCAAGUAAAGGACCUGUAUUGCUUUAGCAGUACUCUCAGAAUGCUUGUUUAUAUAGGAGAGGAACCUACCAUCAGUCAUUAUUGAAGAUUUCUUUUUUUUUGUGCUUCCCAUCAAUACAUCUUUGGUGAAUGUUUAAUGUGACUUUUUGGCAUUCCAUUCAAUGUGUUUUGUUGUUAUGGUGAUGUUAAUGUGUUAAUCUUAAUUUAUUUUACCAUGCUAAUUAUCUGUUGGUAGUAUUAUAAUGACAUAUAAUAAUAAUUGUAGAUCUACAAUUCUUUCAAAAUACUACAGUCCUAAGUUUUUCACGAUCUGAUAUACAGAAGUUAUUAGUGGCAGGUCUUAGGAAUACAGGAAUCUUUUUUUCCAUAAUAUUCCUGGGAAUAAAAACCACAGGGGUCUAUGUAUCUUUUUGGGCUUUAGAUUGCAUCAAAGUCGAGGUGAUUAGCGUUAUGCACAAAAUAAUCACUCCCAAAUUAAGUACAAAUAUUCUGACCUCAAAAUAUUUCCCCACAAAAACCACUGAAAUCAGAUUAAAAUAACUUGAGAUACAUUUCUGAAUAUUGAUAACACUACAGCAGCUGUUUAUGAUAGUACUGAACUAAAAUGACCUACUUGCGCUCAGAAAAGACAAAAGUCUCCAUUGUGCCCAAAUGAGUGAGAUCUAAAGCCCUGUCUUUAAAAAUAAAAAAAGCAUUCAGUCCUACAUCCAGUGUUUGACAAUAUUUAUCAUGAAAGAAAAAUCCCAUGUCUAGAUAAAAUAUUGAGAUGGUAUAUUAUAUUAUUUAUUAGCAUCAUAUUCUGAAAUUGUGAUUUAGCACAUUAAAGAAAACAAUUUCAAUAAAAGUAAUUGCUUUUUCCUGAUUGCCAUGAUAUAAAGAUGUGAAAAUCUAAAUGGAUUCUGGUAGAAUUUGACGAAAAGCUGGGACCUGCAUAAAGUAGUACCAGCCUUUGCUCUUUUUAGGGUUUUUUUUUGUUUUAUUGUUUUGGGGGGUUUUAAAGUUCAAAUUGAUUUUGGUUUUUUUAAAUUGCUGGUGUGAAAGAUGUGUGUGAAACAUGUGUAUUAAAAACAGUAAAUUGAUACAAUUUAAUGAAGUAGUUGAAUAAUUAUACAAACUGUAAAUACAUUAUUGUGCUCAACAGAUUGUCGGUUCAUUUGUAGGUUUUGGUAAGACUGCUACCAAUUAUUUCUUUAAUGUUUUAAUUUUUAACGUUUCAUUUCCAAACAACUAUUAUUAAUUGUUUUCUUCAAAGCUGGAGAAGACAUAUUGUAUUUAUACUGCUGUGUGUAUCUGCUGUUUUUCAUGAAUUUUUAAAAACGUUUAUAUUUAUUUUAUUUUCAAGUGUGUUACCAGUAAAUACAGUGUACAUGUAUAUAUAUAAUUUAUUUAUGUUUUUGCAUAAUUAUAGUCCUAUGCUGUUAACCACGAAUCUCAUUCUAGUUUACCAGUCCACUACUGGAUAUUGAUACACACGAUGAGUGGUGCAACUGGCAACCUACACUUAACUGGGUCCCGUGGACCUUUUGUUAGUAAUUUGUGCAAUAUAUUUGGUUUGUUGUCGUUUGUUGCAUAUUUUAAUCAUUUGAACAAAUGAGUAAUCAUUCCUGGUAUACAUAUAAAAAAAAAAAAAAAUCAACAAAAAACCACAUAUUUGUGUUAGGAUGUGUAUAGAGAAUAUUUAUUGUACCAAAAAGAGAGUUCUUAUGAAGACUAGUGAAUGUACCAGUUUCUUCACACACGGCUUUUGCCAGAAUGUUGCUUUUUGGUGGUUGUUUAGGGAGAUGGAUCAUGCAGGUUAUGUAACAGAAGGGGGCUCCUUUAGAAAAGCAUUUUGGAACAAUUGUUGCCAUUUUCUUUUAUUAUCAAAUAUAAAUUUCCCCCAUCUCCAAAUGGAUUGCUAAAGUUACUGAAGAUGACCAUCACUUCAUUCUGAUUGGGGGCGGGACGUAGCUCAGUGGUACAGCCCACACCUGAUGCACGAUUGAUCUACGAUCUCUGCCAAUAUCUGUGUGGUUUUUAACCAUAUGUCCUACGCCAUAUAACUGUAAAUAAAAUGUGUUGAGUGCAUCAUUAAAUAAAACAUUUCCUUCCUUCAUUCUGAUUGGGUUUACAAGCUUAAAGUCAAUACUGAUUGGGUCAAAGUUUGUUUUGUUUAACGAUACCACUAGAGUACAUUGAUUAAUCAAUUAUCAGCUAUUGGAGAUGUCAAACAUUUGGUAACUCUGACAGAGUCUUAGAGAGGAAACCCGCUACAUUUU